AUGAUACUGAAACUGAACAAUCUGCUGGUGAAUAGAGUAAUGAGAACGAUGUUUCGGAGCUUGUUCCGGAGUUUGCUGUGCAGAAAAGGAGGGUGCUGCCUCUGGGUGUUCCUCAGGCGUAGGCAGCCCUUCUAUGAGGAUGACGAUGACGAGAUGGUCUGCGACCCGGGAAUGAACAUCGCCAUGUCGCAUUGGUGCGGUGCCUCGCUCCCUGAAGAGGCUCCCACUUGGUAUGAGUGUGCUCUUGGAGAAGUAUACGAGCACAAAUCAACCAUCAGUUACGGUGCUGAUGUAACACAUCCGGACUAUCGGGACACAGUUGCGAAUAUAGAAAAACUAGUGGCAGAAGAAAGGAUUACGUCUCGGCUAUUGGCUUGCAAGAAGCUAUGCACCGUUUAUGGACGAGUUACUCCCACAGUAAAAGAGUACCUAGGUGAACUGUUUCAUCGUCUGUGUGAGGAUGAAGAUAUGCUAGUGCGAAGAAUGGCACUGUCCAUGUUGCCUGCUGUAGCUGGAGACGCUGAUGUCCAAUUCUUUGCCUCUCAUGUAGUACCCAUUUUCGAGAAGGCCCUGGAAGAUAAGAUUGGUCUUCACUUGGAGGCGACACAGGCUUUAAUAGCUUUGCUUAAAGCUAAGAAACUAUCUGAUGAUGUACACAGACAUCUUCUGCCAGUUCUGCAUAAAUACGCCGAGGAUCCAUAUUGGCAAGUUCGGUUCUUAAUUGCCAACAGCAUUAAUGAUAUUCACAUCUCUGUGAAUUCACAUAUCUUGAAAUCAAGCUGCUUCUCACUGAUGCUGAAGUUCUCAAAGGACUCAGAGACACGAGUGCGCUCUGCAGCAGAUCGCUGGUUUCGAGGAUGUUUCAACUAUUUGGCGACAUUAAGUGAGGUGUAG